GCCGUGAUUUUGGAGUCCCCCCAAAUAAAGUCUGUCACGGUUUCCACUGUUUCCCCAUCUUUUUGCCAUAAAGUGAUGGGACUGGAUGCCAUAAUAAUUAGGGUCUAUUCUGUAUUUUAUACAUUUUACAUACUUCGCCAAUAUUGAAUUUCCUUGAAAAUUUGAUAAUCUCUAGAUAGUUUUCACACUUGAGUCCUAAAGAUUGUAUUGCUUAAUCUUGUUUAGUGACCACCCUAGUUUGUUCCUUUUAAGUAAGUCUUAAAUAGCAUGUACUACAUUUGAGUGCUGAAUCAUUGUAGUUGUCAUAUGUUUUUGCUCUUAGGAAGAUACCCACUGGCUUUGUAGUAGAAAUAGAGACACUCCAUCUGUUUUUUCUUCCACCUCGGUUUUCUGUCCACUUCUCAUCCCUUAUAAAAUACUUCUUUGCUGUCUAAAUACCCUUUUCCUCUUUCUCAAGUUGAUAGAAAUUUAAACCUUUGAGCUGUACUGUCAAAAUCAGAACUCCUUGCCUGAUGCCCCCUUGUGGCCUGGGAAAAGGGGAUGGGUGUGUUGUAGCUCUCCUAAAUAGGCUUGGGGAAAGGGUGGCUCUGUGUAGCCCACUCCAGCUUCCUCUAGGCAGCCUUUGGGACUACAGAAUUGAGUACAUGGCUCCCUAGUAAGAGAGCAAGUGUUAAGAUUUAUUCUAGGCACAGAGAGCCGACAGAGGAACCAACCGGUCAGAGUGCAUUAAAAGUACAAGAAAAGGGAGGAUGCUCAUCAGACUUUGCACAAUGGAAUUGCUCAUUACAACUUGGCCUAGCAGGAACUCAUACUGUCAGUUCUCAGUGAGGUAUCACUCAUUAGCCUCUGUGGUAUUGGAAAUGGGUAGCUGCAGCCCUUUUUCUUAAAAUAUAUUGCUCCAUAUACUGGAAAUUUAAACCCAUUAAAAUAAUUUGUUUGCAUAUACAUGGACAUUAUUUAUACUUUUAUUUCAAGUAAGAUAUGAAAUGGAGUUAAUUCACUUAUAUAAUUGUUAUUAGUUUUUAUGGAUAGGACUGUUUUUUAUCUUUGUCCCCCCAAUUUUCUAAUAUCUUGCUUUCUGAUAGGAAGUCAUUAGUGCAGUGAACAACUUUUUGACUGGCAGAACUGACUUAAGCUGUGUUUUUCCUCCCUCUCUUCAAAACUCACUCAAGCCUCAGGAAAUAACAUGGGAUUUAAUACUGUAUGAUAUCCCCCCCAAUAAUUUUGAUUGCUUUGCUGCUUCUUAAUUUUUAGGAAAAUGGAAAUGUUUAAUUUAAAAGUUAUUUCCAGAUUGUGGCCUGUAGUUGUUAUACUUCUAGGUUAAUCUCCAGCACUUUGUGCAGCGUUAUACAGUGGUCAGUGAUGAUCAUAAUGACCCUCAGGAACUUCCCUGUUCUUCAGAGGAUUAAAACAUAUGUCAUAUACUACAUCUCUUAGAUACCGUAUCACUUACAUGUAUUGUAUCUCUUAGAAAGGUAUAUUCAUUUUAAAAAUAGCUUUCAGUAGCAAAAGUUGAAAUCAGAGUGGUUUCCUUUCAGUUCAACAGUAUAUUAAGACAGGUAUCCGCCUUGUCAUUUGAUUUCAUUGUGGGUUUGUUGCAAUUGAAUAACAUCUUUAGGUACUUUUCAAGUUGGGACUCCUAGACAUUUGAGAGAUGUGUCAAAUAAUGGGAUAUGAGUUAUCUGGUGUCCAGAAGUGGUAGAUUUAUUUAUGAAAUAACAGGAGGCUAGUAAAUUGAUAGUUUCUCAAUUUUAAUGGAGAACAGAGGUUGAGAUUUUAAUGUGUAAUCCUAAGCAAUAACACAUUUACAGAGAAGAGUAUGGCUGACAGAUUGGACUCCAGGGUAUUAAAGAUGGGGUUGGUUUUCAUAUUUGAUUUUUGCAUAGCCUUAUUUUUACUCUGUGAAAGGUGGAAAUAUUUAUAUCUUCGUUAGUCUUUUUCCUGAAAACCUCAAAAGAUUUGUAAGUAUGUACAGCAAGCAGUGUGGUUUAUAGAAAGAUUAGUAAAACUCAGAUUCAUGAGAUCUUUCUGUUCUUGACCCAUUUCUACUAAUAACCUGGGUGAUUUUCUUUUAACAAAUUCCUUAACAUUUGGGGUCUGUUCUCUCAUCUGUACAAUCAGGGGAUUGAGGUUUGUGAUCUGUCUGGGCCAGAUCAAAAAUGCUUGGGUUCUCAGAUGUGUUGCUUAAACCACAGAACACUGUAUCUAUUAAUGUGUGUCCUACUCACAUGCUUUUUCCUCUUCAUUGGCAAUAAUAGCUCAGAAAGAACCCACGUGUUUUGCUGAGAGAUGGUAUUAGGACUUGCGAGAGGGAAGAGUAAUAGUGGGGAGGCUGAAAUUACACAGGAGACAGCUUGCAUGAGGAGUCAAAGAAUGUGGCCCUUGAGACUGGGAGAGAGUGGAGGGCCUAACUGCCCUACUUUAUUUUGCUUAGGACUCAGGGCAGAUGAGAAAUGAGUAUGUGUCAACACAAGGCCAGUGAGAGAAGGUUAUUACAGUAGAGUCUGGCUAGAGAGAAUGUCUCCUAGGCUCAGGCCAAGGGAAAGAGGUAAUUUCUUUCACGGUGAAAGAAGGAGAAUUCUAUUAAAAGAUUACCUUGGUUGGGAGGAUGCAGGGUACUUGUUCAUAUUUCACUGCUUCUGGUUUGAUUGAAAAUACGAGGAAAUUCUCUUGAUAAUUAUCUUGGUUCCUGACCCCUGUAAGGAGAAAUGUAGAGUACCUCAUACCCUGUUUCUUGUCACAUGUGGUAAAGAUAGCAAGAAAACCAGGGUCGGGGGUGAGUAGGUUGGGUGGUGAGGUUCGGGAGAAUUGUACCCCAUAUCCUUUACAAUGUGUUUUAGGACUGCAACAAAUAUCUGUUAAUCUCAUUGUUCCUCAGGGUCACUUGAAUGUUCUGACUGGCUUAAAUAAUAUCAUCUUCCCCACCACUCCUUAAGCAUCCCUUGGAACUUUGUGCUUGGUUAAGGUUUUGAGAGUUAGCUCUGCUUCCCUCCUAGAGCCUUUAUAUAUUCUCACAGGACCCACUUUUAGGAGAAAUGCAGGAACAAGUUGAAAUCAUCGCAGAAGGAUAAAGUUCGUCAGUUUAUGAUCUUCACACAAUCUAGUGAAAAAACAGCAGUAAGUUGUCUGUCUCAAAAUGACUGGAAGUUAGAUGUUGCAACAGACAAUUUUUUUCAAAAUCCUGAGCUUUAUAUACGAGAGAGUGUAAAAGGAUCAUUGGACAGGAAGAAGUUAGAACAACUAUACAGUAGAUACAAAGAUCCUCAAGAUGAAAAUAAAAUUGGAAUAGAUGGUAUACAGCAGUUCUGUGAUGACCUGGCCCUCGAUCCAGCCAGCAUCAGUGUGUUAAUCAUCGCGUGGAAGUUCAGAGCAGCAACACAGUGCGAGUUCUCCAAACAGGAAUUCAUGGAUGGCAUGACAGAAUUAGGAUGUGACAGCAUAGAAAAACUAAAGGCCCAGAUACCCAAGAUGGAGCAAGAAUUGAAAGAACCGGGACGAUUUAAGGAUUUCUACCAGUUUACUUUUAAUUUUGCGAAGAAUCCAGGACAAAAAGGUUUAGAUCUAGAAAUGGCCAUUGCCUACUGGAAUUUAGUGCUUAAUGGAAGAUUUAAAUUCUUAGACUUAUGGAAUAAAUUUUUGUUGGAACAUCAUAAACGAUCAAUACCAAAAGAUACUUGGAAUCUUCUUUUAGACUUCAGUACAAUGAUUGCAGAUGACAUGUCUAAUUAUGAUGAAGAAGGAGCAUGGCCUGUUCUUAUUGAUGACUUUGUGGAAUUUGCACGCCCUCAAAUUGCUGGGACAAAAAGUACAACAGUGUAGCACUGAAGGAACCUUCUAGAAUGUACAUAGUCUGUACAAUAAAAACAACGGAAAAUUGCACAGUCAAUUUCUGCUGGCUGGACUGAACUGAAGAUCAAUCCUCACAAUUCAGACUGAGGGUUGAGACAAAACUUUAAGGAUACAUCUUGGACCAUAUCAUAUUUCAUUCUUCUAAUGGUGGUUUGGGCUUGUCUUCUAGUCUGGGCCGCUCUAAACAUUUAUUAUUCCAACAUUGUGGAUUUCAUCUUAUAUCUGUGGACCAUCCUAGUUUAUUCUCCCAUAAGUCUUAGAAGCUUUAUGGUGAUUAUUUUGAAGUUUCCAUUCUUGCAUAAAGCACAAUGCUGUCUUCAUCAGAAAACAAGUUUGGCAUAAGAAUUAAACAUAUGAACAUCACAGUUUAUAAAAACUUCUUAAAUAUAUGCUUUGGGCUAGUUGCAAAGACUAUGCUGAUAGCACUUCCAGUGAGAGUGAUAUAUUUAAGUGUACCAGAUCUGGAAUGGUGUUUUGGUAUGGGGGGAUUUUUUUUUUUUCCUGGCAAAUUACAUGUAUUGUUAAUGUGAGUAGAGUAUCUGAUGAAAAAAAGUCAAAAUAACCAACGUGAAAAAUUUUUAGGAUAACUUGGUGUGCCUACCCAAAAUUUUAUUGUGUUUUAGACCCUCGAUUUCAAAAGGUUCCACAGAACCUAGUCUGCACUUAUCUUACCCAUGUUUAUAUAUAGUUGUCUUACAGGGGCUUUUAUUUAGAAAAACAUCUGCAUAAUGUUAGCUUCUACUCCCGUCUACAUUAUGCACCUCAUAAUUGGAUUUCAUUAUGAUUUUGAAAUGCUUAUAUGCCUGUUGAGUAAGUUAAACUAUUUAAUUUGUUUGAAUGUUUUAGAUUGCUACAUAAUACAAUAUUCUAAAUUUAGGCAUGAGGGUUUAUUUUUGUUGUUUUUUUUUUUUUGUCAGCACACUAUGGAACACAAAUGAAAUUCUCUUAAUUUAUAAGAAGAUAGUAGGAAUUAAAUUUUGAAAAUGGUUGUAAUGAGCCAUGAAGUUCAAUUCUUAUAGGUACUGCUCUUUCAGAAAAAUAGUCCAUUUUUGAUGACUUCUUAUUUUGUUGAAAUUGUUUUAACUGCUAAUCACUGUGGUUGCCAAAUACUUGAGGAGCAAAGAUUUUCAAGCAAGCAUGCUCUUGAUGCAAAAUACAAAUCUGGCUUCUAUUUUCAUAAAUUAUUUAGUUUCUACUAUGUUUUUAUUUCACUCAGCUCAGUUUUCACAUCAAAGCAGACCUGUAUCUUGUGUCUAUUUUUUUUAUUACAAGACCCGUGAACUGCUUUCAUGCUGAAAAUGCUCAUUUCUCUGUUCACUUCUUGACACGUGAAGAAGGGUUUAUUGCUUUUUUAAACAUUUCUUUAAGGCCGGUUUAAAAAAUGUAAAACUUCAGAGAUUGGAUGACUGGUUUUUAGCAGGAGUAGAUUUUGCUUGGUGUAUCCAGGCAUUCUGUAAGGUCUAAUGUUGAAAUUAUCAAAGGAAUGUACUUCAGGAAAGCAGUACAUUAUAAUGUAGAUGUGGAAAUGAUUUAAAAAAACUUAUAUAUUAAAGCUACUUUUUAUUUACAUGAUUUUGAAAUUGACUAGAAAGCUCUUCCCAUAGAUAUUAACAUUCUAAUCAUAACUUUAAUUAAAAAAUAUGAUUCUAUCAAAAGAAAAUUUUGAAAAUUUCUAUUCAGGUUACUGGAAUUGGUUAUUUAAAGAAAAAAAGAAAGAAAAAAAGAAGAAUCCUGCUGCUUUCAGUAUUUCCUGAUUUCAUAUUUGUAAAUAUUAAGAGGAACUUCAAUUAUGAAAUAUUUUAAUAAGAUAUAUAUAUAUAUAUAUAUAUGUACUAUUUUGUUUCCUGUCUUAAAGAUUUUGAGUUACGGUAUUGUUUUUGAAUUGAUUAAUUAAUUCCAGUACGCUGUGUUUUGAAAUGAGAUCCGAUUAGCUUUUUUCCCCCAAUAUAAAUUGUUUUUCAUAAAAGUCCGAUAUUGGUUCGUGGCCUAGUGCCUUGGGUUCUACAGACUUUUCCUUUUAAAUGCAAGACCUUUUCAACAAAAUAGUGUUUGUCAUCAGUUUGGUACUAAACAUUUAUAAUUACUGUGUAAUUAUAAACAAAACAAUACAUAAAACUUUGAAUAUAAUUAUGUAGCAUAAAAGUUAAGGUUGUUAACUCUAUGAUGGCAUCUUAGAAUUAAACAAUACUAUUACUAGGGCCUGAAAGAGAAGACUGAUUUAAUGUGGUGUGAUUUUUCUGAGGAUAAAUGUCUGCUUACAGGGAAUAUUUUGUACUAAGAAUGCUUAUACAUAAUGGCCAUGUGUGUGUGAGUGUGUGUGAAAGAGUGAGAUUGACAGGUUGAAAGGGACACAUAUGCUCACACACACACACAACUUGAAUUGCUUUAAUUAAUUAGUGUUUCAGUCUUUAUUUUGGUUAACUCCCCAUGCUGAUUCUUUGUUUUAAACUGAACCACAGGUACAGUUUCCUUUUUGCCAAAUGUCAAAACAGGUACACAUUUUAAAAUGUAAUGCUUUUUAAAUAGUAAAGUGUAUAAAAUUAGAAGUGCCCACAUAUAAAAAUACUUGAGAUCAAGGUUAUCUUUAGUGACUAUCAUCUGCAUAUCUCUGUAAGUUCAAUUGUGUUUCUUACAUCCCUGUCAUAUUACCAACAGAGGCAAUAAAAGCUUCAGUGAAAUUGCCAUGACUAAA